AUGGAGAGCCAGAGCAACGUCUCAGAAUUCAUUCUUUUGGGGCUUUCUUAUGACCAGAACAUAAAAACAUUUUGCUUUGUGCUCUUUUUAUUCUGUUAUAUUGCCUUGUUGGUAGGAAGCCUUCUGAUCCUAAUCUCCAUUCGGCGCAGUUCUCUUUUUCACCAACCAACGUACUAUUUCCUCAGCCACUUAUCCUCCAUGGACAUCUGCUAUACCUCCAGCAUUACACCCAUAAUUGGUGAGCUGCUAGUGGAAAGAAAAAACACUUCCUACGGUAAUUGCAUGUUACAGGUCUUUUCCAAGCACUUGUUUGGAAUGACUGAAGUCUUAAUUCUUACAGUCAUGGCCUUUGAUCACUAUGUUGCCAUCCGAAAGCUUCUCCACUACGUGAUUAUCACGAACAGGACAAGGUACAACCUCCUAGUCUUAGCUGCUUGGGCUUGUGGGGCAGUUCACUCCUUUCCUCAGUUUUCUGUGAUAAUCCAGUUACCCUUCUGUGGUGCUAAUAAAAUUGAUCACUAUUUUUGUGAUAUUUUUCCUUUGCUAAAAGUUGCCUGUACUGAUACCUACAUCACUGGUGUCAUUAUGCUUGUCAAUUCAAGAAUGGUGACCUUAAAGACAUUCGUGAUUUUAUUUUUUUCUUAUGUAAUUAUAUUAUUCACUUUAAGAAAUCACUCAGCUGAAGGAAAACGCAAAGCCCUCUCUACUUGUGGGUCUCAUGUCACUGUGAUAGUUUUAUUUUUUGGUCCUUCAAUAUUUACCUAUCUUAGACCACCCACCACUUUCCCUGAGGAUAAAAUAUUUGCACUAUCUUACACCAUCAUCGCUCCUAUGUUCAAUCCCUUAAUCUAUACACCGAGGAAUUCAGAAAUGAAAAAUGCCAUGAGAAAAUUUCGAUUUCAAACAUUAUAG